UUUCUUUCUUUCUUCUUUUCUUCUUCUUGUUUUCUUUCUUUCUUCUUCUUCUUGAUUUCUUGAGGAAGAGUGUGAUGGGGAAUUGUUAAUUUUUGGAUUACUUACAUUAGAAAGAGGAAAUGACGAUGACCCACAGUAGGUGACGAAGAGACAAGCAAUGGCGGCGGAUUCAUCGGGAUUGGAGAAUAAUCAGGCCGGGAAAUUGAAUGCUGGAGCGGCCAAGAAACGACCGGUACAUGCAUUUGUCGCUCCAAAAAUUAUAGGUGGGAAAAAUGCUCUGUCUCCAGUUGGGGAACUUGGAAUGGUAGAGAUGACCCAGGCUCUGGAACUAAUUGAUGUUUGCUAUGAGCAGUCAGGCAAACUCUUGCAGCAUGGAACACUAUACCGGGUAAAUGGAAGAAGACAGCAAGUGUGCGAUCGACAGAGUUAAUUUCUCUUAUGCCAGCAUUAUACAGUAAAUCUUGGCUAAAUAUCACAAAGUACCCCAUCAACAAUGCUUGCACAGUGUUUACCUACAACAAGCAGUAUUCAUAUUAUUCAUUCAUUAGACAGAAGUAAUGAUUUAUUGACACGGGAACUGUGUUAUAAUAGGAUCCAACUGCUUACCUUAAA